AUGGCCGGUCCAGCAAAGAAGCGUGCGCAGGCCGAGAAGCAGUCCAACGGCUCGUCCAAUGGCUCGUCUUCUCAGUCUCGCGAUCCUACUCAGCGUUCCGCCCCAAAGUCCAUUCCCCGUCUUGAUGGUAACCGCGAUCCCAAUGUUCGCGCUCCCGUCGAAUACACCGAUCCCCGAGACCUCAAGAACAUCUCCGAUUUCCUUGGUAUGGCCGGUUGGUAUCAGGCCCGUGGCAUCACCAUUCCGGGUUCUCUUCCUCAGCGCCCGAAAAACUUCAACCAGUUCGGAAAGGCUGCCAACAUCAUGCUCAAUACCUUCAACGUCAUCAAAGCUCCCAAUACAGUGGUCCACCAGUAUGAUCUCAACUACAGCGGUGAUGCUCUCGACUACUCCAAGCGCGUCCUGCUGAAGAAAAUCUGGAACUCCCGAGGUGUCAAGUCUGAGCUUGGUGAGCCCAACAACCUCUGGGUCUGGGACACCAACAAGCUGGCAUGGUCCGGCAAGCGCCUACCUCGUGACGAUACUCGCAUCACUGUCGAUCUUGACGAAGAAGAAGGCCGUCCCACCAAGCCAGGUGCGCGUGGCAACAAGCAUACCAUUCAUGUCCGCUGGACACGCCAAGUUGACUUCAUUGGUCUGAACGCGUUCCUCAACGGUCAAGCCUCUUGGUCCGCAGAAUGCAUCGACACUAUCAACUUCCUCGAUCACGUCAUGCGCGAGUGGCCCUCUCAACAAUACACCCAGAUCAAGAAGUCCUUCUUCCAGCGCGGAGAGGUUCGCUUCGACCUUGGCGGCGGUGUUGAGGCUUUCAAGGGUGUAUUUGCCUCUCUCCGUCCCGUCUUGGAUGAUAAGUUCAACAAAUCCUUGUCUGUCAACGUCGACGUCGCCAAUGGUACCUUCUGGCGUGCUCAAGAGCUCACUCGCGCCAUCGGCCAGGUCUUCAACUGCAGCCCACCUCAGUUUGCGGCCAUGUACAAGACCGCUCUUCGCGACUGGAAAGGUUCUGUGCUCAAGAAGGACCUCCGUAAGUUCAAGAAGGUUGGAGUAUCUACCACCCAUACCAAGGAACCUACACAAUGGACCAUCGAUGAAUUCGUCGACAAGGAUGUUUCUACAGCCACUUUCCCCGAUCCAGAUGACCGCUCCAAGAAGAUCUCUGUGGCCCAGUACUUCAAGAAGAAGUAUGGUGUCACUUGUAUGGCUGGAGUUCCUGUGGUCAGGAUGACCAAGAAGAUCCGCAAGGAGCCUGUCUAUAUGCCUAUCGACGUCUUGAAGAUCGACGGAAACCAGCGAUAUACCACCAAGCUGAGCGACACGCAGACGUCCAACAUGAUCAAGUUCGCUGUAACCCUUCCCAAGGAGCGCUGGGCUGCUGUUCAAGCCGGCGUUCGACUUCUCAAUUGGCAGUCUGAUCCCUAUCUCCGCCAUUAUGGCCUGAAGGUUAGCCCGGAAGCUGCCAAAGUGCAAGCUCGUAUUCUGCCCUCACCCACUGUCCACUUCGGUCCUGGAUCCAAGGAGGCUACCAUCAAGCCUGCAGACAUGAUCGCAGGUCGAUGGAGGCUCGAUGGACGCAAGUUCAUCAUGAACAACAAGGAGCGCCCAAUCAAGGCAUGGGGUGUGUGCUGCGUCCAAGGCCGCGGCAGCCCUCCUCCUCAGGCAAUCGAGGCCUUCUUUCAGAAGUUUGUGCAGAUUUACGAAGCUCAUGGUGGUCUUGUUGCCUCCCACCCUCAGCAUGGCAAGAAGCCGUGGAUGGGUCCUGGUAACCUUGCAGACGGCGGUGAGAUGAUCCAGAAGGUUUGGAUCCAGACUGGUAACAAGUAUGCGAUGCCGCCUAACCUGCUCUUCUUCGUCGUCAACGACCGCAACGUCGACGUAUACCGGCGUAUCAAGAAGUCUUGCGACAUCCGCUUUGGUGUAGCUUCCCAGGUCCUCCAGGCCAAGCACGUCAUGUCAGCUUCACCGCAGUACAUUUCCAACGUCUGCAUGAAGGUCAACGCUAAACUUGGAGGUGCCACGAGCGUUGCGAAGUCUCAGCUCAUCCCUAAGGUCGCUCCGAAGUCCGCUUCAAUCCCGACAAUGGUUGUUGGCGCUGACGUCUCUCACCCUGCUCCUGGAGCCGGCUCAGGUGAGGCUGCAUCCUUCGCCGCUAUCACUGUAUCUGCCGACGUUCACUUUGCUCGAUACUGGGCUGAGGUCCAGACCAAUGGAAACCGUGUCGAGAUGGUGACCACAUCCAACAUCGACCAGCACUUUGGAUUCAUGGCCAAGAACUGGAUGCAGAAGAUCGGUCAGGGCAAGGCUCCUCAGCGUGUACUUUUCAUACGUGACGGUGUCUCAGAGGGACAGUACGCAGCCGUUCUCGAGGAGGAAGUCCACGAUAUGAAGGAAUGCUUCAAGAAGCUGGGUUGCAAGGAAAUUCCCAAGUUCACUGUUGUCAUCGCCGGCAAGCGACACCACAUUCGCUUCUUCCCUGAGACCGGAAAGGGGGAUAGGAACGGCAACCCUCUUCCUGGUACUUUGGUAGAGUCUGGCUGCACCCAUCCCUUCGAGUUCGAUUUCUACCUUUGCUCCCACGUCGCCAUCAAAGGCACGGCUCGCCCAAUUCACUACCAGUGCAUUCUCAACGAGGGUGAGUGGCUGUCUGCCGAGCUUCAGCAGUUCAUCUUCGAGCACUCAUACCACUAUGUCCGCUCUACUACUCCUGUUUCUCUCCACCCCGCUGUCUACUAUGCCCACUUGGCCGCCGACCGCUCCCGAGCGCACCUAAACGACAACCCAGUCUCCUCCGGCAAGAAGGAGUCCAAGGUAUACCAGCAGUCCUCCACUGGCUCAUCCAAGCAGAACUUCGAGAUCGCUCCUCUGAUGGAGAUGCAGAACGCUCGCGGCCUCAAGGAUGUCAUGUGGUACAUCUAGAGUACGAAAGAGGUUCGAUCUGGUGGGCCUCGCUGGAUAGCAUGAUCUGAUGCCAUGCAAAUCAGACUGCUUCGAAACACAAGAGAGUCAGUUGCGACGAUGGCCUGAAUUCUUUCAGGGUGCAUCAAAAGUUAGUGAUCUGGGUAUUCUUUUCAAUCUUCUCGUGCGAUACCCAACUUUUACGGUUCUGCUAGGUCUUCAGUGCAUAGGAUAGUUUGCCUUUCCCUUCAUCGGUAGGGCAGAAUG